GGCGGUGUGGCGGUCGCAGACGAAUCAUUCCGCUUUGCUUUCACCGACUUUUUCUUUUUUCCGAGCAGUCGAAUGGACGCUGGCGGUGGUGGUGGCAAGGUGAAAAGGGGAGCCGCCGGCCGGAAGGGUGGUGGCCCCAGGAAAAAGCCCGUCUCCCGCUCCGUCAAGGCCGGCCUCCAGUUCCCCGUUGGCCGGAUCGGGCGAUACCUCAAGAAGGGCCGCUAUGCUCAGCGCGUCGGUACCGGUGCUCCCGUCUACCUUGCCGCCGUCCUGGAGUACCUAGCUGCCGAGGUGCUGGAGUUGGCUGGGAACGCGGCGCGCGACAACAAGAAGAACCGGAUCAUUCCCAGGCACGUGCUUCUGGCCAUAAGGAACGACGAGGAGCUGGGGAAGCUGCUUGCGGGGGUGACCAUCGCGCACGGAGGCGUGCUCCCCAACAUCAACCCGGUGUUACUGCCGAAGAAGAGCAACAAUGCCGCCAAGGAGCCCAAGUCGCCGUCGAAGGCCACCAAAUCGCCCAAGAAAGCUUAGGAUCUGAUGCCCUCGACGCAUUUGCUUUCCUCUUUCGCUCCUACUUUUGUAUCUAACUUGCAAUCCCUUUGUUGAGUGGCAAUCGCCAAUACGUUUGAUUGGCUUUCAAUGGAAUGUUGGUGGAAUUGAGACUAAUAUGAUCCUUACAAUGAUAUCAACAUCUCAUUUGCUUUA